UCUUUAACGCCAGAUAGCGCGCUCGUCAACCACGACAUUAGCGAACAUAAGUGAACUAUUAUUCCAUAUAAGCUUACUUUUUUGUACAUUUGAGGUGAUCGUCGUGAACGUAGGACGUUCUAUUUUCUCAAGCAACGAGACAAAUACAGAAAGCAUCGAUAAAAAUACCGUCCAAGAGGGCUAUUCAGCCUUUUUGAUAAUAUGAAUGAGUCUAAGCAAAGAAGUAGCGAUAUGGAAGUGGAUGAUAAUAAUGUAGCUCCGGUGGAAAUACCAAUGGAAGUUGACGAAGAUACAUCAGAGAGAGAUCCCAAAGCAUCUGCUAAUCUUACAAGUGCGAUCAAAGUCAUGGCAUCUUCUGGUACAGUUGGUUCAGUGUCUAUCAGUUUACAUCCUCUGGUUAUCAUGAAUGUUAGCGAACAUUGGACUAGAUUAAGAGCUCAGGAAGGAGCUGAACAAUUAGUAUAUGGAGCAUUAAUAGGAAAACAAAAAGGACGUAAUAUAGAGAUUAUGAAUUCCUUUGAAUUAUUGUUUACAUGCAUUGGCGACGAUGUUAUCAUUGAUAGGGAUUACUAUAAUACAAAAGAGGAACAAUUUAAACAAGUCUUUAGUGAAAUGGAUUUUCUUGGAUGGUAUACCACAGGAGAUAUGCCUAAUGAGAGAGAUAUUAGAGUACACAAACAGAUUUGUGAAAUCAAUGAAAGUCCAGUAUUAUUAAAAUUGGAUCCAAGACCAAAAAAUACAGAUAAAUUAUCUGUUUCCAUGUAUGAGUCUGUGAUUGAUUUAGUUAAUGGAGAAGCUACUAUGCUAUUUGUUCCAUUGACUUAUACAUUAGCUACAGAAGAAGCAGAAAGGAUUGGAGUUGAUCAUGUUGCAAGAAUGUGCAGCAAUGAACAGGGAGAAAGUUCUUUGGUGGCAAAACAUUUGGCAGCUCAACAUAGUGCUAUCAAAAUGUUACACUCGAGAGUUAAAUUAGUAUUAAGAUAUGUACAAGCGGUACAGAAUGGCGAAUUAAAAGGAAAUCAUGAAGUAUUAAGAGCUGCCUGUUCUCUUGGAUAUCGUUUGCCUGUUUUAAAUAAUCCUAAAUUUAAAGCUGAUUUUUAUAAUCAAUGCAAUGAUUUUGGUCUGAUAACAUACUUGGGCAUUAUAACCAAAGGUUGCAAUAAUAUAAAUCAAUUUGUAAACAAAUUCAAUAUACUCUAUGAUAGACAAGGUGUUGGUCGGCGUUUGCGAAGUUUGUUUUUUUGAUAAGUGAAUGGAACUUCUUGUUUUUUUCUUUUUUUUUUUUUUUUUUUUUUUUUUUUAUACUUUCCUUUUCUUAUUCCUAAUUAAGAUAAUAAACUCAGGAUUUGGAAAAUGAAAUCAUCAGUGCAAUUGGUGAGUAAAUUUUGCAGAAUGAUGAAGUAUAUUGUAUUGAAUAUGGAAUAAAGCUCUAAGCAGGUACACUUAAUUAUAGUUUUAUAAGUUAAUUGACUGAAGUAAGAUGUUUCACUUAUAUAAAAAGUAAAAAGCAAAACAUAACGAAGGGUAUUUAUGAUACUUAUAGAAAAUAUUUAUAUACCUUCUUCAUAUGCUUUGAUUUAGAAACAAUAAACCAGGAAUGCGGUAUCUCAUUAACUGUGCUGUAGGAUAUAUAAACUAUCUUUAAGAUGUAAAGUCAAUAAAGCCUGUGAUGCAUUGUGUGAA